AUCUCCCAACUAAGCUUUGACAAUGUCUUACAACGACGACAACCGUGAGUCCGGCAGGCAGUCCGGCUAUGGUGGCCGUGGAGACGACCGGGGCGAAUACGGAGGCAGCGGAGGCAGAUCAGAAGGCGACAGCUACAACAACAGCUCAUCAGGCGGCUAUGGAGGCAGUUCAGGACGUGACAACUAUAAUGACCGUCCAUCGGGCGGCCAUGGAGGCAACUCAGGUGGCUACGGCGGCAGCUCGGGGCGCGAUGAUUACAACGACCGCCCAUCAGGUGGUUCCGGACGCAACGACUACAAUGAUCGUCCAUCAGGGGGCUAUGGAGGUAACUCUGGACGCGACGAUGACCGCCCAUCGGGUGGCUACGGAGGCAGCUCAGGAGGCAACGACUACAACGACCGCCCGUCAGGUGGUUCUGGCGGUAACUCAAGGCGCGACGACUACAAUGAUCGCCCGUCGGGUGGUUCCGGAGGCCAUUCAGGAGGCUAUGGUAGCAGCUCAGGACGCGACGAUUACAACGACCGCCCAUCAGGCGGUUCUGGAGGUAACUACGGAGGCAGCUCAGGGCGCGAUGACUACGAUCGCCCAUCAGGCGGCUCCGGGGGCCACUCUGGACGUGAUGACGAUCGCCCGUCGGGUGGCUAUGGAGGUAACUCUGGGCGCGACGAUGACCGCCCAUCCGGUGGCUAUGGAGGUAGCUCAGGACGCAAUGACUACAAUGACCGUCCUUCUGGCGGCUCUGGGGGUAACUCGGGUGGCUAUGGAGGUAACUCUGGACGCGACGAUGAUCGCCCAUCAGGUGGCCACGGAGGCAACUCGGGUAGCUAUGGCGGCUCAGGAGGCAGUCACGGAGGCCAGCAUUCUUCUGGUACAUCCUAUGGCGGAGGCGGUGCAUACGGAGGAUCUUCAGACGACUUCUCGGGCGCCGCGGAGCAUGCUUCGUCGGCAUCUGGCAGUUCCGGUGACUCCAGCUUGUUCACCAGCGCCCUCGGCAUGCUGUCCGGCAACAAGAACAAGUACCAAAACGAGGAUGUGGACGAAGAUGACGCUGUCCAACAGCAUCAAAAGUUUUAUGGCAGUGGUGGCGGCAGUGGAGAUGGACAGGCUAGCUCGAACAAUCUCGGUGCCGCUGCUGCUAUGCAGGCAAUGAAGAUGUUCAACAGCGGCAGCAAUGAAGAUGCCAAGGGUGGACAGAACAAAUUCAUUGGUAUGGCCAUGGGCCAUGCUGCUCAGCUGUUUGAUCAGCAGCAAAGCCAGGGAAAGACGGACCCCAGCGCUACCAAGCAAGAGGCAGUCGCCCAAGCUGCACAGAUGGCUCUCAAGUUUUAUAUGAAGUCUCAAAUGGGCGGAGGCAGUGGCGGCAGCUCUGGUGGUGGUCUUGGUGGAAUGCUGAACAUGGCUAGCAAGUUCAUGUCCUAAACCAAGGAGGCGCUCCCUUAGUCCACACUAUAGAAAAGUGGUAGGCAAUGAGAAUGAAAAGCAAACGAAACC